AACCUUCUCUCUCAUUAAACGUACAAAGAAAAUAGGAAACAAUAAUAGAGCGAAUUCAUCAUAGAUUACUCCACCACGAGUCGUCAAAACAUGCUGAGUCAAUUGUCAAUCUCUGAUUCAAAGCUGACUAGUAGAACGUACAAAGAAAGUAGGAGGCAAUAAUAGAGCAAAUCCGUCAGAGCGUACUCCAUCACUAAUUGCCAAAGCACGCUUAGUCAAUCAUCAAUCUCCAAUCCAAAGCUGACUAGUACAACAUAUAAAGAAACUAGGAGGCAAUAAUAGAGCGAAUCGUCUGAAAGUAGUCUAAUACGAGCUGCCAAAACACGCUCAGUCAAUCGUCAAUCUCCGGCCCAAAGCUAACCAAUACAACCAUGGGGAAUUCAUUGGCAUGUUUCUCUCAAAAUCAAGCUACCAAAAGAAGCAACACAAGAUCAUCAUCACGUAGUCUUCCUCCAUGUUUUUCUAACUCAACAAGCCAAAGAUUGGAUAAAAUACAUCCAAAGGAGACUAGUACUAGUACUCCUAGUAUUGAUCAUGAUUAUAUAAAAGAACAAGCUCGAGUAGCUGCAGCUUUGCUUCUCCAACACCAUCAGCAAAAUGGAACACUCACUCAAUUUGAACGUUCAGUUUCUCUAAGGGACCCUUUAGCAUUUUCUAAGAAGCAAAAAAGUAUUAUUCCAAGAAGCUCAAGUUCUCGUCCGAGGUUAUUGUCUGAUUCUCUGCCCCAACACUUGGAGAUUCCUAAUCAGGAUACAGAACUUGGCAAUUUAGAGACCAACCAUUUUGUUCUUGUCCAUGGAGGCGGUUUUGGUGCUUGGUGUUGGUACAAAACUACAACACUACUCAAGGAAAAUGGAUAUCAAGUUGAUGCUAUAGAUUUAACUGGUUCUGGUGCUCAUUCUUUUGACUCCAACAACAUUACCACAUUGGCCGAAUACGUGAAACCCCUCACUGAUUUCCUUGACAAGCUCCCCGAUGGCAAUAAGGUUAUCUUGGUUGGCCACGAUAUUGGAGGUGCUUGUGUUUCUUAUGCAAUGGAGUUGCAUCGAUCAAAAGUCUUUAAGGUGGUUUUUAUUGCUGCAGCAAUGUUGAAGAAUGGACAAAGCGUACUCGAUAUGUUCUCGAUGCAGACUGGCGCGGACGAUCUUUGCCAGCGUUCUCAAAAAUUUCUUUAUGCAAAUGGCAAGAAUCAUCAUCCAACUGCAAUUGAUUUCGACAAAUCAUUGUUGAAAGAUGUCUUGUUCAAUCAAACCACUGCUAAGGAUGUUGAAUUAGCAUCAGUAUUAUUGAGGCCAAUCCCCUUUGCACCACUAACAGAGAAGAUUUCCCUUUUUGCAACAAAUUAUGGUUCUAUCCCGAGAUUCUACGUAAAAACGUUAGAAGAUUUUGCGAUUCCAGUGUCCCUUCAGGAGGCUAUGAUAGAUUCGAAUCCUCCCGAACAAGUUUUCCAGAUGAAAGGCUCAGAUCAUUCGCCAUUUCUGUCUAAACCUCAAGCACUACACAAGAUUUUAGUGGAAAUUUCAAAGAUUCAUCUAAAAUGAACUCUGUAAAAUGAUCCAACAAAAGAUGGACCUCAGCACAUGUGAUAUUUUUUCGAGACAAUGUCCUACUACAUAUGUACAUAUAUAAUCACUGGCCAUUCAUUACAAGGAGGCAGUGGCGGACCCAGAAUUUAAGAGUCGUCGGUGCCUCAUUUUAAUAUUAUCAUUAACCAAAUGGUAAAA